GCCGGGCCCGCUACGACUCGGAGGAGCCCCGCUAACGCGGAGGGGGACGCCAAAGGCACCGCGCCAUCCCGCCUCGGGCCUGCCGCCCCGGAAGUUGAUGAUGUUGACUGAAAUGCUGAAAGGCCAAACAAGAUUGUUAAGGAAACUGCCCCCUGGUGGUCUGCCGAGGCAUUUCUGGGGAUGGUUAAAUGCAGUGUUCAAUCAGGUCGACCAUGAGCGGAUCCAGGCUGUUGGUCCAGACAGAGCAGCUUCAGAGUGGCUCCUUCGAUGUGGCGCGUUGGUACGCUACCAUGGCCAGGAUAGAUGGCAACAAGAUUACAAUGCACUCCCUAUGGGGCCGUUUGAGAAAUACAAGAUCCAAGCAAUCAAUGCCACAGAAUCUUGCAUCAUGAACAAAGGAUUUGAUUAUCUGGAUGGUCUGAAGCAUCUUGAGGAAAUAAAAUUGUGCAAGUGCAUAUACAUUGAGGAUGAGUGCUUACAGCGGAUUAGCGGGACUCCAAGCCUGCAGAACAGCCUGCUGCGUUUGUUUCUCAUUUCUUGUGGGAAUGUCACAGACAAAGGCAUCAUUGCAUUGCAUAAGCUCAGCAACCUGGAAUAUUUGCUCCUGAGCGACCUGCCUGGGAUACGAGAGAAGGAAAGAACUGUUCAGUUCCUUAAGAAAUCCAUGCCAGCACUAGAGCUGGAAUUAGACUUGGAAUAAAGUCCUUGCCAUUCUUAAA